CAGCAGCAAGGCGAGGAUCGCAUCGGCCAUGGCGUACCCAGGGCAUCCCGGCGCCGGAGGAGGCUACUACCAGGGCCAGUAUGGGAGUGCCCCCGGAGGACCUUCCUUUCCUGGCCAAGCGCAAGAUCCUUUAUAUGGCUAUUUUGCUGCAGUUGCUGGGCAGGACGGGCAAAUAGAUGCCGACGAGCUGCAGAGAUGUCUGACCCAGUCAGGAAUUUCAGGAGCAUAUAAACCUUUCAACCUAGAGACUUGCAGGCUCAUGAUCUCUAUGCUUGAUAGAGAUAUGUCUGGCACAAUGGGCUUCAACGAGUUCAAGGAGCUCUGGGCCGUGCUGAACGGCUGGCGGCAACACUUCAUGAGCGUCGACAGCGACCGCAGCGGCACGGUCGAUUCCCAGGAGCUGCAGAAGGCGUUGACGUCUAUGGGAUUUCGGCUGAGCCCCCAAGCCAUCAAUGGGAUUUCCAAGCGAUACAGCACUCGUGGCAAGAUCACGUUUGACGACUACAUCGCCUGCUGCGUUAAGCUCAGAGCUCUCACCGAUAGCUUCCGGAGACGAGAUGCGGCUCAGCAGGGGAUGGUGAACUUCCAGUAUGAUGAUUUCAUCCAGUGUGUGAUGAGCAUCUAAUUCAAGAUGAAGGAAGAUAACGGCCAGCAUGAGCCACAUUCCAAUUUGUUUUCGCUUUGCACCAAAACAAAACAAAACAAAAAGUUAUCAUGGCUGUGUAACUAAAUAGUGGUAUUUGCCUAUUUUAUAAAUAUUGAUUUAUAUGCUUUUUAUAGUUUUGAUAACUAACAAAACACAAUAAAUCCUGUUUUGGAGUUGA